ACCUACACGUCACACAGAGACGACAGAAUACUCACUGGAUUCAGCAUCACUGGAACAUUGCUGGCAAUACUCAUUUCUAUAAUCUUUGUGGUUGGCUCUGGCAUAAAACACAAGCAGAUGUUUCGGUUUCCAGCUAUUUUCUUAGUUUAUUCCUCUGUAACUCUUCUCAUCUACGGUUUCUUCAACUUUGCAACAGAAUUUGACAGAGAAACAGUAAUUUGCAGUUCAAGAAAUCUUGUCGAAACC